GCCAUUUGAGCUUAGAAUUCUCAACCACAACUUUCACCUCAAAUUUUGAUUUUUCAGCUAACCUGCCUCCAAGCACUGUCUCGGCAAAACCAGAUGGAUGGUACUGAGCUUGGUAGCAGAAGAAGAGUUGGAUCAGUUAAAGCUGCCGUUAACUUGUUUGAUGAUAGGAUUGCUGAUGAUACUGAUAGUCCUUCAUUGAAGAAAAAGAUUGACUUCUCAGUGAAGCCCUCUUCAAGAACAAGAGAACUCCACAGAGCAAGAAGGGAUAUUGGCAAGUAUAAAGAGAGCAGAUGGAAUGCAGAAUCUACAAAAGCUCAAGCAGAAUCUAAGCUUUCUAAUGCAAAGAAGACAGUUAAACAACUUUCUUCUAUGAUUGAGGAAUCGAGUUACAAGGCAACGGCACAGAUAAGAGAUAUAGAAACGCUAGAGAUGUUGGGAAAGGACCAACAUGGGACAAUGGUUGCACAAAGGAAUGAGAGUCAUGAGUAUGCACAAGUGAUGACAGAAUUAGAAUGUCUUAGAAAGGAAUUGUUCGAGCUCAAGCUUGAUGUGGCUUCUGUGUUGGAAGAGAAAUCCCGAGCAGAGAAAGAAAUUGAAGCAUCAAGCUCGAAGAUGCUCUCUAGUUCAAGAACUGCAGAAGCACUUAGAAAGGAGAUUGAGGAAGCCAAUGAAGAACAAGUACUUGCUGAAGUGGCCAGGAUUGAGGCUUUGAAAGAAUUGUUAGAUAUUGAAGCCCAGAGAGAAAAGGAAGCAGAUGAAUUUUCAUCCAAAAUGGAAAGCACGAGGAAAAAGUUGAAAGAGGCCAUGGAAGAGAUAGAUGAGUCACAGGAGCUUGAAAUGAAAUUAACUAUGACAAUGUCAGAUGUUGAUGUCUUGCAGAAUGAGUUGAACUUAGUUAAAGAAAUGGAGAAAAGGGUUCAAGGAGAUGAGAGUAUGAAGCAACUGGAAGGAAGUUUCAGGAAAGAGGAGGAAUCAGGAGACUCUACUACUUUACAGACUAUAACAGAAGAAUUGGAGGCAGCAAAGAAAGAACUAGCUUUGACUAGAGAAGAAGGUUUUCAGUUUAUGGCCUCUAUGGAUGUUAUAAGAAAUGAGCUGAAGCAUGUUACUGCUGAGACAGUUAGCAUGAAGAAGAAGGAAGGGAAAGUGGAUUCAACAGUUCAAAAUCUAAAUUCCAAGCUUUUGAGAGCAAAAUGUAAGUUAGAAGCUGUAUCUACUGCAGAGGAAAAGGCCAGAUCAAUAGUCAUUAGCCUAUCUCAUGCUCUUGAUAACCUGAAGACAGAAACAGAAGCAGCAAGAAAGGAAAAGGAGCAUAUAAGCCAAGAGGUUAAAACCACAAAGGCAGAGACUCAAAAAACUGAGUUUCAGAUAGACAUGAUUGAGGAAAGAUUGCAAGGAUUACAGCAAGAGCUAGAAGUAGCCAAAACAUCCGAAGCUUUAUCCUUAGAGAAGCUGAAGACCCUUACCGAGACCACCAUGAGAGAAAGAGCUAUAACAGCACAGCAUAGUUCCAAGAUUACUAUAUCAAAAUUUGAAUAUGAGUAUCUAACUAAUCAUGCAGCCGCAGCAGAAGAAGUUGCUGAUAAAAAGGUUGCAGCAGCUCAGGCAUGGAUUGAAGCUCUCAAGGCCAGUGAGAAGGAAAUACUGAUGAAAACAAAAAUAGCUCAGAGAGAACUCAAAGAAAUGAAAUUAGAGGAAGAGGUGGAGGUUUACACCAAAGAGAAGUUGCUUUCAAAAAGAGUUGGUAGUGAGGAGUUGGAUUAUUAUCCAAGAAAACGUGAGAAGAGUUCAUCCAAAAACAUGCAUAGAACCAUGUCUAGAAAGAGCAUCAAAUCCAAUGGCAUUAUAACUCCUGCCAAGAGAACCAAGUUUCAGAAGUCUGCUUCACCCGCAACUCGGCAUGUUAGUCCUUUCAUUGUUAAGAAGAGAAAGAAGGUGAUACCAAAUUUGGCAAAGUUUUUUAGAGGCAAGAAAAACACUAGGACUGCAUAGUGAAAUCAAAAUAGAAAAAAGAUAAUGAUAGGACUUCAUAUAUAUCACUGCCAAAGUUUGGCAGCAUGGAAGAGUGUGAGGCAAACAUGUCUAUUAGUGUAUAACUCACAUUACAGAAUUCAUGUUCUCACUCUGUCUCACUUUUCUUCCUCUAUCAUAUUGUCAUUCCCACAAGGCUUGAGUGUUUGAAAGAAGAAAGUACUUUGAUUUGUU